GUGACAGACCUCACUGCCACUGCUACACUCCACCACACCACUACUACCCAUACAUCACAUAAUAAUAUUAUUAUUAUUACUAUUAUCAAUAAAACACCCAAAUUCAUCCCCAAUUCCAUUCUAGGGUUUCAGAUUCUCUCUGAUCUUGCAUCUGCAUCUCAGAUUCCGAUCCUGCUUUUUCUUCCGCCACAAUCAUGCUGCUAGAUCUCCACUUUCCGCUCCCGAUCACUCUGAAUUAGCCUAACGUUAAGAGGUUUGGUGAUAAGGACACACCGGCUUGUGGACUCUUAAAUGGUAUGCAGCAGUUAUCUAAAGACGGUGAUUCUGCAAGCUGGGAAGUAUAUUCAGAAAGUCACGAGAGGGUUGGGGCAGUUUGCGAGUUUAAGAAGAAGUCCGAAGACGAUUUCUGCAGUAAGGUUUUCCUCUGAUCGAAUAUUUCCAUCCUUUCGGAAAAUGAUGGUGGAUACUGGUGCAGCGACAAACCGUGGUAUGGCUACGAACAAUUCACCAGAGAAGCUUGAUGAUGGCGGCUAUGCAAGUGGAGGUUGGAAGAGUGAAGACGGAAAAUUGAGCUGUGGGUAUUCAAGUUUCAGAGGUAAAAGAGCUAGCAUGGAGGAUUUCUAUGACGUCAAGACAUGCAAGAUAAAUGGGCAGACAGUCUGCCUAUUUGGGAUAUUUGAUGGUCAUGGUGGUUCACGUGCAGCCGAGUAUCUGAAGGAAAAUCUUUUUAAGAACCUCAUGAAUCAUCCUGAAUUUUUGACAAACACCAGAUUGGCCAUAAGCGAGACUUAUCAACAAACGGACUCAGAUUUUUUGGAGUCUGGAAAGGAUACAUUCCGUGAUGAUGGUUCUACCGCUUCAACAGCAGUUUUGGUCGGUAAUCAUUUGUAUGUUGCUAAUGUUGGAGAUUCUAGGACCGUCAUAUCAAAGGCAGGCAAAGCUAUCCCUCUCUCUGAGGAUCACAAACCAAAUAGAAGUGAUGAGAGGAAAAGAAUUGAAAAUGCUGGUGGAGUUGUGAUGUGGGCAGGUACUUGGAGGGUUGGAGGUGUUUUAGCAAUGUCACGUGCUUUUGGGAACCGUAUGCUGAAGCAAUUUGUUGUGGCGGAGCCUGAAAUCCAGGAACUAGAACUUGACGAAGAGUUUGAAUUGCUUGUUCUCGCAAGUGACGGUCUGUGGGAUGUUGUACCUAACGAGGAUGCUGUCUCACUAGCACUGUUGGAAGAAGAACCCGAGUCGGCUGCUAGAAAGUUGACCGAGACGGCUUUUAGCCGCGGAAGUGCUGAUAAUAUCACCUGCAUUGUAGUCAGGCUUUACCAUGAGUUAGAAACUAAACCACAACCCGAAACCCAAACCCAGUCUGACACUGAAAUGGAACCGCAAGCCCAGAUCGAUCCCAAAACCGAACCCAAAACAGAAACUGAGGCAGAAACCAAAACGGAAGCCCAAACUGAGACUGAACCAGAAGCUACAAGCAAAGCCCAAACCGAGACUGAACCAGAAGCUAGAACCGGACCCGAAGGCCAAACUGAAACAGUAACCAAGAGUGGUCCAACAGAUGGGUGAAUAUGGAUGGUGUUGAUAGGGUGUGUUUCUUGUCAUAUUGUGGUCUUUAAGUGACUGGAGGAGAAAGACUUGGUGUUGAAUGUGUAAAUUUUCCAUCUGCUGGUUUUCAUUAAUCUUACAUUCUUAUAAUAAAGACAACAUUUUCAUUUUCA